AUGUCACUCUGCCUCCCUCGCGAUUUUUCCUCCGUCGUAACGUACAGACAAGCAAUCACCGAAAUUCGAUCUAGAGCUGAAAUAGCGUCACCUAACGCGGUUCACAUAUAUGAGUUUAAAAUCAGCGAGAAUGAACUACAAGCGGCGUAUAAUCUGCUUGAUGAAGAAGAGCAUCGCGGAGCCAUGCGGGUAACCUACAGCAACAGUCAUAACUUUAUCGUUCGCUAUAUGCCUGGCAGUGUGCACCAGGCAGCACAUGCGUCCUGGAGCAUUUAUACACAUCAGGCCCUUAGAGACUUGCUUCCACAUCCCAAACCCACGGCCGUUCCAGGAUGUGUUUUUAUUGCAGCGACCGAACAAACGCUUGGCCAGAGAAAGAAAGAACCAGAUUCUGGUAUCAUGCCUAUCGGCUCCAACCGUCCCAGCAUCGUUAUCGAGAUUGGAAGUUCCGAAAGCCUUACCCAACUCAAAAUCGAUGCCCAGCUUUGGCUUGAACACAUGCCAGAGGUGCAACUUGGGAUCCUUGUUUUGAUUGACCCCCCUGCUGCUGCAAACCCCAAUCCCCCAGUUGCGACUAUCCAGUUGUGGCGAGGCUUUCCUCCACCUGAAAGACAAACCAGUGGUCAAGCGCAGACCCGAAUUGCCAGGAUGGUCUGGCAAAAAGACUGGACCCAUAAUGCGUCUCCGCUACAUCUUUUACUGGCAGACAUUUUCCAGGGACAGGUGCCCCCAGAAUAUGGUCAACAUGAUCGCGUCCAAUUGGAUACUGUUACUUGGCGAGAGGCCAUUCAUAGAGGCUGGCAACGUCAUCAAUGA